CUUAAUAUAUUAAAACUCAUGAUCUAAUAUUUGUUCCUCGCUUAGGUGGCAGAUUUUUCUUGCCUAACAAGUAACACCACACACACUAAGCAGACACCUGCACCAAAAUCCGAGACUCAAUUACUACCAACCGCAUAUAACUAGCAGUGCUCGUGCACACCUCAUUCCAUCUCAACUUCGUCUGCACACCUUUAUCUCUUCAAUCCACUUUGACCAAUUGCCUCUACAGCUCGCCAGCCGUCCCCAGUUUUGACCGGCCCCACUCCCCACCCUUUCGCCCCCCUAAUAAGCCAUUAUCCACGAAGGUUCCCGGAGCCACCAGCCCACCGCCACCACCCACGUGCGUCCAAAUCCCCCAUGUUUAUUUAUUCACCCAACCUCUCCUCUUCCCCUCCCAAGAAACCUAAAUCCUAGACGACAACAAUCUAUACGAGAAGAGAACAGAAAGAGCCGGCCAUUCUUUUCCGCUAUGGGCCGCAGACGCGAUGCCGAGGCUGAGCUCAACCUGCCGCCUGGCUUCCGCUUCCACCCCACCGACGAGGAGCUCGUCGUCCACUACCUCUGCCGCAAGGCCGCCCACCAACGCCUCCCAGUUCCCAUCAUAGCCGAGGUCGAUCUGUACAAGUUCGACCCCUGGGAACUUCCAGAAAAAGCGCUGUUUGGGCAGAAAGAAUGGUACUUCUUCACUCCUAGGGACCGAAAGUACCCCAACGGCUCCAGGCCAAAUAGAGCAGCCGGCCAGGGAUACUGGAAGGCCACCGGAGCAGACAAGCCGGUGUUGCCGAAGGGAAUUAACCGGCCUCUCGGCAUCAAGAAGGCUUUAGUGUUUUACUCAGGCAAGGCUCCAAGAGGUGCCAAGACGGAUUGGAUCAUGCAUGAAUACCGCCUUGCUGAAACAAACCGAUCAGCCAACAAGAAAGGCAGCCUCAGGUUGGACGAGUGGGUGCUCUGCAGGCUUUAUAAUAAGAAGAAUGCGUGGGAGAAAAUGCAGCAGAACGUCAUGGAAUCUCCAUCGUUUGAAGAGACGAUGGAUUCCAUGGGGGCCGUGGAGGAUACUGGUUCGGAAAGCUUUAGAACGCCGGAGUCGGAUGUGGACGACUCUUUGCCGGAGUUUGAUGAUCUAGGCUUGCCUGGUUUGCGGACGGCAAGUGGGAGUGCGUUUAGCUUUAAAGGGACGGAACAAAGGCCUAAGGAGGAGGAUAAUCAUGACUGGUUCCUUGACUUGAAUCUGGAUGAACUGGAUGCUGUAGGUACAGGAUCGGCAACCAUGACGAUGGGGACCUUUGAUUUAUCUUUAAACCAGGAUUACUUCUAUCAGGCGCUCUGUUCUCCGCAGCUGAAACCGAGUUUAACCAACUUGGCGCCAUUCUGAAACUUGGGCUGCAGCUGUAUAUAGUUUUGGAGCAAUUAGAACGUGAGAGGAGCAAGAAUGAUAGCUAAAGAAGGAAAUUCUAGAUAGUUUAUGCUUCAAUUCUUUUGUUUGUUACUGCUGUGUACGCCACACAUUCUGCAUAAAGCAUAGAUGUAUUAGGUAUCAUUUCAUGAACAAUGAAUAAAUCUGGUGAAUAUGUAUUGAUAGUUUA